AUGAAGGCCAUCUUGACGACUCUGUUGGUAUCGUUGUGUGUUGGCGCUAGCCUGGCAGGCGGGUACGGCGGUGGUGGCGGUGGCGGUGGAUAUUACGAUUACGGAGGGUAUGGCGGAUAUGGAGGUGGAUAUGGUGGAUAUGGCGGAGGAUACAGUGGAUAUGGCGGGGGAUACGGUGGAUAUGGCAGCAGUGGUGGAAAGGGUUACGGAAAAGGGAAAGGUGGAGGUGGCUACUCGACCAUUAUUUAUUACCCGGUGGCUCAGGACUACUACGUGCCGGUGCCGGUUGACGGAGGAAUGGACGGAUAUGGAUUCGGCGGAGGAUAUGGAUAUGGCGGGGGACUCGGGGGAUAUGGUGGAGGGCUUGGAUUAGGUGGAGGGUUGGGACUGGGUGGAGGAUUACCUAAUGGCGGUCUUGGGCUGGCCUUGGGCUCCGUCUAUAACCAAAACCAAAUGGGUCUCUUCGGUGGAGGUGGAUUUGGGGGCUCAAGCCCUCUCUUAGGAGGUAUCGGAGCCCUAGCUGCUUCUACAAAUCCUAUACUUGGAAUCGGCCUGGCUGCCGCCGGCGGAUUUCCGGGUCUCGGGUUCCUUGGAGCCUUGUCUGGCUAAUUAUUCAGAGCUGGUGCUUCCUACCAGAGCUUCUU